AUGUUACAUGUCGUGAACAAGGCAAAAGGGGAAAAUGCCUUAUAUCACCCCACCGAGCAGGGGGGAAAAAGCAUCUCGUACAGGGAGAAGCACCUCGUCAAGUCCCUCCGCGCCGACCAGUCCGCCGCCGGCGAGUCGUCGGCCGUCGCCCGCGCGCUCUCCGCGAUCCACCGCGAGAUCCGCGCCCCGGACGCGGCCACCAAGGCCACCGCUCUCCAGAAGCUCACCUACCUCUCCUCCCUCCACUUCGCCCCCGUCGCCGCCCACCCGCUCGCCUUCCCGGCCAUCGAGCUCCUCGCCUCGCCGCACCUCCCGCACAAGCGCCUCGCCUACCUCGCCGCCUCCCUCUCCCUCUCCCCGGCCUCGCUCUCCCUCCUCCCCCUCGCCACCCACCAGCUCCACAAGGACCUCUCCCCUUCCACCGCCGCACCCGCCGCCCACCACCUAUGCGCCCUCGCGCUGCACCUCCUCGCCUCUCCCGCCGCGUCCGCCGCGCCCGACCUCGCCGCCCACCUCGCGCAAGACCUAGUGCCCCACCUCUCCCGCGGCAAGGUUCCGGCUGCAGGCCGCCCCGCCUCCGGCGCCGAGCCACAUCGUCAUUGGCCGCAGGCGGCCCCUACUCCGCCGCGUCCGCCCCAACCUGGACCGGCUCGCCGUGGUGCAUCCCCGCGGCUCUCUCCUUCUUGCCGCGGCUGCCAUGGAUCUCCUUCUGAUUAUCGGCGUUGCUGACUCGAUUGUGUGCGGUGCGCGCGUGGUAAUCGACGCCGGUGGAGAGGGGAAGAGGGAGUACCUUGAUGCCGGUGGGCGAUUGCUAGCUGCCUGGAGGAUUCGUCGCUUGAGAGAAAAAGGGAAUUCUACUACUCUAUCCGGCCCUAAAUACUUGUCAGAACUGAUGAGGUUCAUGAGACAGCAAGGCCAAUUUGCGUCAAAGAUCACACACAGAAAUUUCUCCAAGAAAGGUAAGGCGUUUUCUUUUCUACAAUUUGAUAGGGCAGAACUUUAACAAGCCGAUGGUCUUAUUUUUGGCACGUGCGUUUUAGUUGCAGUUAAUUUUUAUUUCUACACAAGAUUAUUUUCUCAGAUUUUCUCAUGAAAUUUAUGAGUGCAAAGUGAGUUUAAAAUAUUUCCCUAAUGUGUAAAUAAUCUUCCGUGCUUAAAUCAUUCACUUGACUUAGUACGAUUUUCUUUUCUGUUACUGCUUGUGUGGGCUUAUGAUUUGUGAUGAUAUAGAGAGGUGUGAGCUUGACAAAAGGUGUGAUUCUGAUGAUGUAGAGAGGUGUGAGGGCAUUGCAAAGGUAGAUUGAAGUUGGACCGUAUCAAGCCUGUACAUUUAAAAUAUGCAACAAAAUGAAAGCACCAGUGACCUGAUGUGUACACGUACACACCAUGUUGCACAUCUCAUCUUGCUUUUCUGGAACAGCAAAUAUAUGACCUGAUUGCAUAACUUAAAUAAUGCUGCGCCUCUACAUGUGUACACUCUGUACGUUUGUUUGAUCAUGAGCAACUUGCUCCUGCAAAUUUUAUAAGUUGAUUCCAGGCUGAUCAUUAUUUACCGAUGACGGAACCGAUCCGAUGAAGUUCUCCUUGCUUUGAUGAAGAUGAUGGCCGUCAGUGACGAAGACGGUGGCCAGCAGCGACUUUGGUCAGGGCGAUGAAGACAAGGUCCCCUUGCUCGAUGAAGACGGUGGCCGGCAGCGUCUUUGGAGAAGGCGAUGAAGACUUUGGUCAGGGCGAUGAAGACAAUCGAGGUUAUAGCGACGGCUCCUUAUGCGAGGCAGUGGCGGCCAAGGUCCCUUUGAACGAUGAAGACGGUGGCCGGCAGCGUCUUUGGAGAAGGCGAUGAAGACUUUGGUCAGUGUUAUGUCAGGGUCUUUGGAGAAGGCGAUGCAGACUUUGGUCAAUACUGGACGUUGGUGGCCGGCAGUGGCGGGAUGUUUUUUGAAAUGUUGUUGAGAAUGUGUAGGAUCCGGCCAGUUUGUUGAAAUGCUGUUGAGAAUGUGUAGGAUCCGGUUUUUUGAAAAGUUGUUGAGAAUGUGUAGGAUCUGAUCCGGCCAAUGUGUUAUCCACGCCUAAUGGAAGUUUGUUGAAAUGCUGUGUGAUCCGGACGUGUUGAAAAGUUGUUGAGAAUGUGUAGGAUCCGGCCAAUGUGUUAUCCACGCCUAAUGGUUGUUAGUUGAGUUUUCUUUGUGA